AUGGCUACUCUUGGCGACGAUCUCCUCGGAAUAGUGAAUAAACUUCAAGAUCUAGUUUUUAAUACUAUUGGAAACGAUAGUCUAGAUCUUCCGCAAAUUGUCGUUGUGGGGUCUCAGUCUGCCGGAAAAUCAUCAGUACUUGAAAAUAUUGUUGGACGCGAUUUCCUACCCAGGGGGAGUGGCAUUGUCACUCGAAGACCUUUGAUUCUUCAACUUAUAAACAUUCCGGCCGAGGAGGAUGUCUCUGGAGAAUUUUCCGGAGUUCAGGCUGAAUGGGCCGAGUUUCACCACGUACCAAGCAGAAGAUUCACAGAUUUUCAGGACGUCAAGCGAGAGAUUGAGAACGAAACCUCGAGGAUAGCAGGGAAUAAUAAGGGGAUAAAUCGCCAACCAAUUAACUUGAAAAUAUACUCUCCACAUGUCUUAAGUCUAACACUUGUAGACUUACCCGGCCUCACAAAGGUCCCUAUUGGUGACCAACCAACGGACAUCGAAAAGCAGACCCGGAACCUUAUCUCAGAGUACAUAGCGAAACCAAAUAGUAUUAUUUUAGCUGUAUCUCCAGCUAAUGUCGACAUUGUGAACUCCGAGGCUUUGAAACUUGCGCGCCACGUCGAUCCACUUGGAAGAAGGACCAUUGGAGUUUUGACGAAAAUUGAUCUUAUGGACCAUGGAACUAAUGCACUAGAUAUAUUAUCAGGUAGGGUUUACCCACUUAAACUUGGAUUUACCGGUGUGGUCAAUCGCUCCCAACAAGAUAUCCAGGGCAAUAAGUCUCUUGACGAAGCUCUUAAAUCAGAAUCAGAUUUCUUUAAACAUCAUCCCGCAUACCGGAACAUGGCCAGUAAAUGCGGAACCCAAUAUCUAGCAAGGAGUCUCAACACAACUUUAAUGUCACACAUUCGAGAAAGAUUACCUGAUAUCAAAGCUAGACUCAACACACUUAUGGGACAGACGCAACAAGAACUUGCAAGCUAUGGUGACAUGCAUUUCAGUGGCAAAGAACAUCGUGGCUCACUAGUCUUGCAGCUGAUGACGCGAUUUGCAACCUCUUUUAUUUCAUCCAUUGAUGGCACUUCAACAGAUAUCUCAACCAAAGAACUUUGUGGUGGUGCCAGAAUAUACUACAUAUUCAACUCCGUAUUCGGCAAUUCUCUGGAGCUGAUCGAUCCAACUACCAAUCUUUCUGCUCUUGAUAUUAGAACAGCGAUCAGGAAUUCGACUGGCCCAAGACCUAGUCUUUUUGUGCCAGAAUUGGCUUUUGAUCUGCUGGUCAAGCCUCAAAUAAAAAUGCUUGAAAUACCUAGCCAAAGGUGUGUCGAAUUAGUAUAUGAAGAGCUCAUCAAGAUAUGUCACACUUGUGGCUCGACUGAACUAACAAGAUUCCCUCGACUUCAAGCAAAAUUAAUCGAAGUAGUCUCUGACUUACUUCGAGAACGUUUGGGGCCAGCCUCAUCGUACGUAGAAUCUCUAAUAUCCAUUCAGCGUGCUUACAUAAACACAAACCAUCCUAAUUUCCUAGGUGCGGCAGCAGCAAUGAGCAAUGUUGUAAGUAACAAGCAAGAAAAAGAGAGAAAGAGAAUUAUCCAGGAAGAGCGGGAAAGAAGGGAGAAGAGGCGACACAAAGAGCUCAAUCUCAACGAAAAGGAGGAGCCGGAAGUGGAAGAUGAGAAACCCGAAAUACUAUCUAGGAAUCAUGCAAUAAUGAGUGGUCGAAGUCAUUCUCCCGGACUACGAGACAAUGGGACGAACGCCAUGAUUGCCACAAUGAACGGGGUAAAUGGAGCGACCGGAGGUACACGAGACUCAUUUCUAAACUACUUUUUCGGGAAGGAUGGCUUCCCAGUUGGUGCUACCCAAAGCGCAUCAUUGCACAACCCAAAUCUAAGUCGACAUGUUAAUCAGAGUAUAGAGCCUAGCUUUAGUCAAAGUAUUCGACGACAGGAAGAGCGAAUUACAGUUAAAUCUCCUGCCCAGACUACACAAGAAGAUGAAUUCGAUAAGCCUAAGGUGUCUCCAGACUUUGAUUAUAGUUCUCCAUUUGGAAGCAGCAACGAACCUGCAUUAACGGAUCGUGAAGCUAUGGAAACUGAGCUAAUUAGAGCCCUUAUCUCUUCCUACUUUAAUAUUGUGCGAGAGUCGAUAGCAGAUCAGGUGCCAAAGGCAGUAAUGCAUCUUUUAGUCAACCACUCUAAAGAUGUUGUACAAAAUCGUUUAGUCAGUGAGCUCUACCGUGAGGAUAUGUUUGGAGAGCUACUUUAUGAGGAUGAUGCCAUCAAGAAAGAACGUGAGAAGUGCGAAAAACUACUUCAGACUUACCGGGAAGCAGCAAAAAUAAUUGGGGAGCAUGUGUUCUUGACGUUAGGAAAAAGAGAAGUCAAUAUGUAG